UUGGAAGCACAGGAAGACAGAGGACAGAAGGGCGUGAGAGAAGCUUCUACUUGAGUACGAUUGUUUCGAAAAUCAUCGAAGAUGAACCAUAAUAUUCAGCAAUCGAGCGACGGAAGACAUGACGAUGAUGCUGCUCUUACGGAGUUCCUCGCGUCGUUAAUGGAGUACACUCCCACUAUCCCCGAUGAAUUGGUGGAGCAUUAUCUGGGAAAGAGCGGAUUUCAGUGUCCCGAUGUUCGAUUGAUUAGGCUUGUAGCUGUUGCUACACAGAAGUUUGUUGCAGAGGUUGCAAGCGAUGCUCUCCAGCAAUGCAAGGCACGACAAUCGUCAGUUGUCAAGGACAAAAGAGAUAAGCAGCAGAAGGUCCUCUUCUCCUUCCUUCUCUUCUAUUUUCUUUUAUCUUUUUGUCGUGUGGUUUGUCUUUACUGUUUAUUGGGACAGGAUAAGCGUCUUAUAUUGACUAUGGAGGAUCUGUCGAAAUCACUACAUGAGCAUGGGGUGAAUGUGAAGCACCAAGAGUAUUUCGCUGAUAGCCCUUCUACUGGGAUGGAUCCAGCUUCUAGAGAUGAGUGAGCUAGAGCUAGAAUCAUUGAACUCUACCCACUCAUUUCCGUAUGUUCACGAGUAAUGUCAAUGCUGUUGCUUGUUCGCUGCCAUCUCUUGUACAUUUCAUUUGUUGAUUGUUAGUAUUUCAUUUCAGGUGGUUUUACUUUAUUUGAUAGCCCAAUCUUGUGCAUUAGAUUUGUUAGACACGCGCUCUAAUUAUGUCCUGUACAAAUUAGAGCAGUAGGCCAUCCAGUGGGAAAAGUCAGAUUUGUUUGAGUCUCGUUUCCUAUCUGCAGUAUUUUAGGGGUUAGUAAUUAAGAAUGGACGACUCCUUAGGACACUGGCUUUAACCACGACCACAUGAAGAAUUGCUCUAAUGAAAGGCUUUUCUGGACA